CGAGCCAAGCCCGACAAUUGAAGAAAAGUUGUGUCGAGAAGACGCUCUAUGAAAGCCCCAACAAUGGCACUCAAUUUCUCAUCGGUUUCUCUGAAAUCUUCGCGACCCCUCGCUCCUCUCACCAAUCUUUCCACUUUCUCUAUUCAACCGAACAAUAAUGACAGAAGCAUCAAUUACUGCCUUCAAUCAAUCAUUACUAGCGCGAGCUUUAGAAGCAUCAGUGGCUCCAGAGGAUACCGACACAUCUCGGUCCGAGCCAUGUCUUCUUCGUCGUUUGGGUCACGGCUGGAAGAUAGCGUGAAUAAGACAAUUGCUGAGAACCCAGUUGUUGUUUACUCCAAAACUUGGUGCUCGUAUUCUUCUGAGGUGAAAUCGUUGUUCAAGAAACUUGCUGUUGAACCACUUGUUAUAGAAUUGGACGAACUGGGUCCCCAGGGGCCCCAGUUACAGAAGGUACUUGAGAGGCUUACUGGACAACAUACUGUUCCGAAUGUUUUUAUUGGGGGCAAACACAUUGGCGGUUGUACAGAUACUGUGAAGCUGCAUCGAAAAGGAGAACUUGAGUCUUUGAUAUCUGAAGCUAAUGCCAAGAAGAGUAGCUAAUCUUUUUGGAUGCGGCCUCUUGUAAGGGUCUCGUUCUCUUGCUGAUGUUGAUUUCUUGAGAACAUAAUAUUGAAAACCAGCAUAAUUUGAUUUAUGGUCAUUAAAUGCAAUCUAAAUUUCUUUGUGCCUAUUCAAUAACAAUGUACAUUACAACUUAGACAAUUUAAUGUUAUGGUCUCACUUGUGAACAAUAAAGAGUUGCUUAGAUGUA